UGUGGCGUGAUAUCCAGCACAGACACUGUGUAUAUAUAUAGGUGUGUGUGUACGUAUGUGUGUAUGUCCCCCAUAUACCCUCACAUACUGCUUGUCCCACACACACACAGCCAUGGCCUCCCGCUCCGCCUUACUGUUGCUGCUGGCUUGCUUGGUCCACGGCAGCCUCAGCCUACAGGACGCCCCAAUCUGUAGCACAGAUGACUGUUCCACCAAUUGCGAGAAUUGUGGAAGCGGCGAGAAGGUGGCUGACCCCGUGGACUGCCACAGCUUCUACAUAUGUGACGGUCAAGGCGGCCUCUUGAUCACGCAGCCGCUGUUAUGCCCCCCUGGAACGCACUUUGACCCGUCCCAGCAUGACUGCGUGAACGGUGCCACGUGCGAGAACUGCGACAGAUGCUUCUUUGAGUGCUACGACUCCAAGACGGGCAUGGUGCCGCACAGCACAGACUGCAGCGUGUACUACGAGUGCAAUGGAAACUACCCGGGCCAUGAGCAGACUUGCUCUGCCACCAGGCCCUACUUUGACGGCUUCAGGUGUCAGGAGCACCAUAACCGUUGCUGCAGCUGCCACGCCAACUGUGACUCAUACCAUCUCAAUACCCUCAUACCAGAUCCUAUUGACUGCAGGAGCUACUACUUCUGCGAUGGUCCGGGCAAGCCUUCCUAUAGGGCAACCUGUGAAACUGGUGAGUAUUUUGACGCCUCAGUCAACACUUGCUCGCCAAACACCGAGUGCAACACCAUAUGCAAGAACUUUGUGAAUGACAACGGCUGCAUCGACUACUACACGUGUGACUCUUUCGGCUACUUCCCCAAGUGUCCCUCCCUGUGCCAGCCUGAAUACUACCACUGUACGGAGAUCUCUAAUACGUACAUCGAGUCAGAGAGGUGCGCCGAUGAUCUAGUGUUCCACCCCAUGACCCACGUGUGCGUCAAGGCGGAGGACUGUCCCAGCCAAGCAGUGCCGCCCGCCGCUCCUUAAUUGGUGUCCCUCCCGCCUCACUCAAUAAAGUCACGUAGCAUUGCACUUAAACUUUGCUUCAUACUUUUGCCUUUCAUCCCAAGACCUUUGCUACUCUCUCUCUCUCUCUCUCUCUCUCUCUCUCUCUCUCUCUCUCUCUCUUUAGACAAUUUCAUAAGUCAGUUUUCCAUUUCCAGUCCUUUCCAUAAUUGCUAUCUAAGAAGUAACGUGUUGCUUUUCUGUCUCGAGGCAAAUGAAUGUAUUAUUACUAUUACUAUUACUAUUACUACUACUAUUGUUAUCAUUAUUACUGUUAUUAUUAAAGAAAUGUUAAAU